AUGUUUCUGUCUUUGAAUGUCUUGGGUUUGAGCUUAUUGAAUACCAUAAUCUGGGAAUUAUUACAUAGAAAUCUAUUGAUUCCGUAUGUCACCCCUGCCAGAAAUGAGCAGUUGAGAAAGACUAUCAUGCACAAUGCGAACUUCUCUCUCCACGCUUGCACCUGCUCAUCCGAUUCCAGCCCAGCCAAUUUGCGUACCAAAAUGUCAGGUAUAAAAAAUGUCAUAAUUUUGGCCGUAUAG